UUGUCAACACUGUGUGCGUUAAUUUUUGGAAAAAGACGCCGAUUUCAUUCUCCUCCAUCAAUUUCUCCUCUAACGUUGCUCUUGAACGUAAUAUACACAGGUUUUUAGACUUUAAUUCUGCUGAUACUACAAAUAUAUAUCUUUAGUUUAAAUAAAAUUAGAGUUAAUUUAAGAAAAUUAACAAAAUGGCUGACAUUUCUACGGAACAAUUGACUACCGAAAUCCAUGCAAUCUUAAAGAAGGCUGACUUGUCGACUAUGUCCGCCAAGAAAGUCAGAGAACAAGUUGAAAAGAAGCUGGACUGCUCGUUGGCAAAUCGAAAAAAGGAAUUCGAUAAAAUUGUUAUGGAUUUCAUAAAUUCACAGCAGGAGGACGAAGACGAGUCCGAAGAAGAGGAGGAGGAGGAUGAGAAAGAAGAGAGUGCAUCAGAAGAAGAAGCUAGCAGCGAAGAGGAGAAGAAAAAGCCGGCUAAAAAGCGCCCACAACCGACACAGCGCAAAGCAUCGCCACCGAAAAAGAAGCGCAAAUCCUUGACUGCUUCUGAUUCGGGAACCGAGUCGGAUGGAGGUGAUGAUUCCGAUUUUGAGGUAUCGAAGAAGAGUAAGAAGAAAAAUUCUGCCGGCCCCAAAAAGAAGAAGGCCGCUGCCGGUGGUGGCACUGGUCGUAAAUCCACAGGUUUUACACGCGCCUACAAUUUAUCGCCUGAAUUGUCCUCGCUCAUGGGCGCCGAGUCCCUGCCACGUCAUGAAGUCGUCAAGAAGGUAUGGGCUCUCAUCAAGGAGCGCAAUCUGUACGAUCCCAAGAACAAGCAAUACGCGAUAUGUGAUGACGAACUUUUUAAAGUGAUGAAGGUUAAACGUUUCCGUACAUUCGGAAUGUUAAAACAUUUAAAGCCACAUUUCUUGGAGUAGAAUUUGUGGCCUAAUAAUGACUGCAAAGUAUACAGCCCGACCCCAGAGGGUUGUACAGAAAACAAAUGAAGAUGUUGUGUUUAACAAGUCCAGAACAGGCAUCGUCCUUAACAAUUUUUUUUACCACAUAUACUACUUUACAUUUUAAUUUCUCGCUUUAAGUUUUCGUAGAAUUUUGAUAUUUUUGUCGUCUUCAAGUUAAAAUAACUCUCGUGCAUUGAAAACAAAA